AUGAAAAGCUUUCCAAGGGACCGAACUUGUAAUUUACCCUUAGGAGACGCCUUUCGUCCAAAUAACGGUCUACUUUCAGGAGAUGCACCGGAAACCUCCUCGUCUUUUCCUUAUCUUCCGAUAGAUGCGGCCACAACCGAUUUCCCUCCCUCUGAAUACAAUUACAAGUUCAAACCGCCAUUUCACUAUGCAACUUCUUCUUCUACUCAAUAUCCUUCAAUUCUUCGGAAAACAUCCUCGACCAUGGCUGCUCAGUGGCUCUUCUGCAACGCUCUCAUUGCCCUCCUCGUCCUCUUCAUUGCUCCUCCUGUAUCAAAAUCAGAUGAUAGGUCAACACCGUCACCAGGUUUUGCUUAUAGUUGGAUGGAUGAUGAUGAUGAAUUUUACCCAGGUGAUAUUGCAACGAUUAAGGUUAAAAUAUUGGGGAAUUACAACAGUGAGGAAUACAAAUACCCUUUUAAUCCGAACAUCACAGUGAAUGGCUCAAUGGGGAACAGUAGUUAUGUUACCGAUGUGCAUUCCGAUUUUGGCAAUGACACGAACAAUUGGUGGAUUCUUUUUAAGCCAAUCAUGGUUGGAUUUUUCUACGUGGUUAUUGAUGAUGAACAUUUCAGAGUGCAUGACAACUCUUUGCAUUUCCACGUUUCACCAGCUGAGUCGUAUAUACCUCCUCAUUUUAUGUUUCGUUGGCUGAAUUCUAAGAGUGAGUUUCAGGCAGGUGAUACUGCAACUAUUCAGGUUAUAGUAUCUGAGAAUUUCAACACUAAGACAUACAAAUACCCUUUUAAACCCAACAUCAUAGUGAGUGACUACAAUGGAAAGAAUGAGAAGAUGGGAAAUUGUAGUUACAUUACUGGGCUUUUUUCCAAUUUGGGCCCUGAUAUGAACAAAUGGGAGUUACAUUUUAUACCAAUUAUGGUUGGGACGUUCCACGUGCUUAUCACUCAAGAAAAUCUCAAUGUGUUUGACACCUCUAUGUCUUUCAAUGUUACACCAGGUAAAAUUUAUAAACCUGGUGGGAUUGUGUCAUGGAUGGGUGGAGUCAAUCAUUUUGCAUUUGAGGCAAAAGCUGAACUCUUGAUAUUUCCUAAAGAUGCAUUUGGGAACAAUCUUACAUAUAUAAGUGAAAAUUUUAAAAUUUACUUUUUUGAUUUAUCUGUUACAAAUGCAAAAGGUGAGGAUGCAUAUUUUCGGAAUUUGCAGCAGAGCGGAUGGAGUAGAUUUGGUGGUUUUGAGGUUUGGUUUAUUGCAGCCACAUCAGGAAAUCUCUUACUUCACGUAAAAGAUAAAAACCAACACUUGAUUGGAUCCCCAUUGACUUUCACGGUUGACCAUGGACCACUUGAUGUUGGUAACUGUUUGCCACAUUGGAGCACUGAAUCAAAAUCUUUUCAGAUCUUUUCCACUAUGGAAACAUUUAUAACUCAACGAGAUAAAUUUGGGAACCUUAUUCCAGAAUUUUAUCCAUUUGAUUUUGAUGUUAUUGGUAUGAAGGAAAAUUUGUCUUUGCCAAUUGGUGAUGUGCAAUAUCAGGAAGUAGCUCCAGGUGUUCAAUCGUUAUCUUUCAAAUUACUUAUAGAUGGGGAGUUUACACUCAUCAUUACAGAUAAGGAUAAGAAGCAACAGAUCAAGAACAUGCCACACGAAUAUAGGGUCUAUGUUGGAGACUCUUGAAUAGGGUAUUGUGAUGGAAUGAAGAGUAUUGUUAAUGGAUCUGGUUUACAAAACUCUGUUGCUGGAGAAGUUUCAAAAUUUUCUAUCUUCUUAAGGGAUAUUUAUGACUAUCCUUCACCAUUUGACUUGCUUAAAAUUCGAGUAGAAAUCACAUUGCCUUCACUCUCGCUUGAUGUGGAUCCACACAUAAAUCCAGUGGAUCCUCACAAUGGUGAGAAUGAGGAAUGGCAAACAUGGAAUAGUGACUUUGAGGUUGUUUAUAUACCUGAAAAGAGUGGGAUGUAUGAGAUUCAUGUAUAUUGUGGCAACAUUCCAUUGAAUGGAGGAAAUCCAUUCACAAAGUUUGUAAGUGCAGGCAAGGUCAAUGCAUCUGUAUCAAGAGUUGUAAAAUAUGAAGCAAGAGUAUCAAAAACGGUUUUACAUAGUGUAGAUGUGCAACUGAUGGAUUCUUUUUCUAAUCCAGUCUUGUUAAAAGCAUCAGAAUUGUCCAAAUUGACACUGGAUCCUGAUUCAAUCAACAGAUCAUUUUUCAUGGUUGUAAUGUUUGUAGACAACAGGGAUGGGACAUACACUGGCUUCUACAUGCCAAUGAUUCUUGGAACAUACAAGAUAUGUGCUUCAUUUGAAGGAAAGAGUAUCCCCCCAUGUCCCUUUGAGGUGACUACUUACAACAGGGAGGACUUUCCUAUCGCUUAUGGUCUUGAUGUCUCUGUUUGGGAGGAUGAAUCCAUAGUUUUUAAUGUUCUAGUAAACGAUUACUUUGUUGGUGGAAAGGCAAAAGUUCUUGAAUAUCAACAGCCAGGUCAUGGUUCACUUUUGCAGGAUGGAGAUCUGUUUAUAUACACUCCAUUUAAGAGAUUUUAUGGAAAUGAUUCAUUUCCAUACUCAAUGUCAGAUGCAAAUGGCAACAUUGCUUCUUCUCAUGUAAACAUAUUUGUCAUCUGUAUUCCCCCACAGUUUGUUUCUUUUCCACCUCAAUUGCAGGCAGAUGAAGAUACCUUCAGUCCUAAAUUUGGUGGUUAUUCAGGCUUUGAGAUCACAUAUUCAGAUUCAACAGAGAACAUCUCUAUUAUGUUCACUGCACAACAUGGAUCAUUCUUUCUCUCUCCUCUACUUAUGCAACUUUGGGAUCCCAUGUGGAAUGAGAUUUCAGUCACUAAAAUGGAAGGAAGGUCUAAAGAAUUGAUUAUAAGAGGUCGUUUGGAAGUUAUUAAUUUUGCCAUCAAAUCACUCAAAUACAUCGGGGAGGGGAACUUCAGUGGUAAAGAUACUCUUAAGGUUACCACCAUGAAUAAGCAUGGGAAGCAUGAUUGGGAUAUUCCAAUAAUUGUCAACCCAAGAAAUGAUCCUCCGUUUAUUAAUGUCCCUGAGUUCAUCAUGUUGGAGAAUGUGACAGAAGAUGAAGGUUUCUUGAUCUUUGAUAGACAACGAGACAAUGUUAGCUUCUCUAUUGGGGAUCCAGAUCAUCUUCACUUUACAGGAAAUAAGAGUCACUUCCGCGUGAUGUUUUCUGUGGAAGUUAGUUCUGGAUAUUUCUCAGCAAACCUUCCAGCUGAGCUUACAAGCACAACUGAAUUAAAGUUAAAGAAUAGCAACAGCAAUCAGUGGCAACCCCUUCUUACAUUUAUUGAAAUCUCAAGACGUUUUUCCCUCAAAGCAAAAGCCAUUAGAUUCAGGGGAACAAUUGAAGAUUGCAACACUCUCCUCCAACAAAUCCUUUAUCAUGGUGAUGAGGAUGGUGGGGUGCUUACAGUGAGUGUGAAUGAUAUGGGGUGGUAUGGAUGUUAUCCAGAAGAUUGUCAACAGAUGAUGUCAGCGCCUCUUAUUUCUGAGGCCACCAUCAACUUGAUAAGAAAGAUGCCUGUGGAUCCGGUGGUAGCUCACUCUCUUAUGUCAGCGAUUGUGAUCGAAGCCAUUAUACUCACAUUAUUGGUUGCGUUACUAAUAUUUUUCACAUGUAAAUGUGUAUUUGUCCUCCUACACAAAAAGAUCAAAAAUCAACCUCAACCUCAAUCUCAAAAUUUACACCACAUGUCAAGUACAAAAGACUCAUCUGAGAAUAUAACUGGACAGCCUUCUGGCUUAUCUAAACGGCUGCAUGAGGAAUCAAAAUUGGGCUAAGUGUUGAUUCUCACACAUCAAGCCCAUCUGGAGCAAAUUAAUGGAACUCUAUCUGUAAAUGCCUCUUCAUUAGUUAAAAUCCUUCACUAGGUCAAUAACCGUAUUUUUCCAACUUCUUUUGGUAUGUAUGUAUGUAUAUAGUCUUUAAAUCAGUUAAUUGUGGAGAUAUUGAUUUCAAAUCCUUGGUUUGGAAACAUAUGUGUAACAUCUUACACAUAGCUCCUUGUUAACACUUCCGUA